CCACGUGGCUCCUGCAAGGCUGAGUCUGACCUCCGACGCCGUGCAUUCCUCGGCGCGUCUCUCAACUGCAAGCGUGCCCAUCAGCCUCACAGCCCGCUGCGCUGCUCUCGCGCGGCGCAGAUCAGCUUUCAAAGACACGCCUGGACAGCAAGACGCUCUCUUCACUGCCAACCUGGCCCUCAGGAGCUCAGGAGAAACGUGUUUCAUCGUGACACCGCGCGAUGCCGUCUCCACGUCCUCCGAAAGCUGUGCAGUCGCCCUUGCGCAGUGCGGGCGCAGAGGCUUACCAUCGACUGCCAACGCCUCAGAGCUCAGAAGCGAUAUCGCCCGGCUCGCACACGAGCGAUCGAGACAACACGAGAGACCCGUUCGAGUCUCGCUACGCACCCCAAGGCGACCUCUCAACGGCAGCACUCGAGCUCGGUCCCGUUGCUUUUCCGGAAAACCUUCAUACCUCGCUCACUUCGUUGGGUUCCAGCGAGACGCUCGUCCAGUCCCAGAGCGGCGGCUCGAUCGGUGCAAUGCUUCACGACAUCGAGCACGAUCACACUCACCGCCGUUUGGUCGAUCACCGCGACGAUGACGAAGAGGACAGCCUCGCACAACUGCCUGCAGCUUUGAGGGCUCAUCAAGACGAGGACGAGGAUGAAGAGUCCCAGUACCUGACCCAGUCCAGCUUCCCGCCCGGUCAGGGCUACUCCCACAUGCGUCAUGGCUCGGACUCUCCCUCUUCAUCUUUCGAUCAGCUGGCCUACCCGCCCAAGACAACAGAGCGCUACGCUGGCGUAUCGCUCAAGGACGAACCACUGUCGGCUCUCGGUGCCUCGGCAUCCAACGACGCGUUCAGACUGUCGCUCCUCAGCCUACCUCCCGGUGCAGGCCCGACAAAGCAGCAGAUUCUCGAACAACGCGAAUGGCAGAAGCGUGCAGGCGCCCCCAAGCGCGGCCUCACUCGUCGUCUCAAGCUCGUAGGCGGAAACUUCAUUGCAGACUAUGAAGUUCCGCGGGCUGUUCUCAAUGCCGUCGAAAGCCAAUAUCUCGAUGGCUCGCGCAAGAAUGAGUUCAGCCACAUGCGCUACACAGCUGCGACAUGCGAUCCUGAUGACUUUACGCCUCAGAAUGGUUGGACGCUGCGUGCGCGGGAAGCCGGCAGAGAUACUGAGCUCCUUAUUGCCAUCACUUCGUACAAUGAGGACCGCGCACUGCUCUCGCGGACCCUUCACGGUGUCAUGCUCAAUGUUCGCGACAUCGUGCGCUCAAACGCUCGGUUCUGGCGUCGGACUGCAGAGGAAGGUCGUCCUGGCUGGCAGCGCAUCGUCAUCUGCCUCAUUUUUGACGGUCUUGAUCCUGCCGAUAAAGGCGCUCUCGACAUUCUCCAGACGAUUGGCGCUUUCCAAGAUAACAUCAUGAAGAAGGACAUCGAUGGAAAAGAGACUGUCGCUCACAUCUUUGAGUACACCACUCAGCUUUCGGUCUGUUCGACUGCCAGUGGUAAAUUCAGUCUCGUCACCCCUGCUCAGAAUACAGAGGGUCAAGGAUCAGAGGCCAAUUUGGUCCCUGCUCAGAUGAUCGUCUGCAUCAAACAGAAGAACGCAAAGAAGAUCAAUUCGCAUCGCUGGCUCUUUAAUGGUUUCGGGCGCCAACUUGCGCCCGAGGUUUGCAUCCUCAUCGAUGCUGGCACAAAGCCUGGCACAAAAUCGCUCUACUACCUCUGGGAGGCUUUCUACAACGAUCGUCAUCUAGGCGGCGCUUGCGGCGAAAUCCAUGCGAUGCUUCAAGGCGGCAAGAAGCUCAUCAAUCCUCUCGUGGCUGCUCAGAAUCUCGAGUACAAGAUGUCCAACAUCCUCGACAAGCCCCUCGAGUCGUCAUUCGGCUAUGUGUCUGUCUUGCCAGGCGCCUUCUCUGCUUACCGCUAUUGCGCUCUGCAAGGCCGUCCACUCGAGCAAUACUUCCACGGCGAUCAUUCGCUGGCCGACCGGCUUGGCAAGAAAGGUCUACACGGCAUGGGUAUCUUCAAGAAAAACAUGUUCUUGGCAGAGGAUCGCAUUCUGUGUUUCGAGCUGGUGGCGAAAGCAGGCGCGAGUUGGAAGCUUAAGUAUGUCAAGCCGUCGAAAGGCGAGACGGAUGUGCCCGAAUCUGCAGCCGAGCUUAUCAGCCAACGUCGUCGCUGGCUGAACGGCUCCUUUGCUGCUUCCAUCUACGCCAUGGUGCACUUUUUCAGACUUUACCAAACUCGGCACAAUCCGCUCCGUAUGCUCUUCUUCCACAUUCAGGCGCUUUUCAACAUUUUCUCGACCAUCUUUUCCUUCUUUGCACUCGCCAACAUGUGGCUCACUUUCUCGCUCAUCAUUCAGCUUUUGCCGGCUUUAGAUGCUCAGCAUCCGGUCUACCUCUUCGGCACGCGAGGAAUCACGCUCUGGGUCAACGAAGCCUGUCUCUGGAUCUGGGCCGGCACACUUGCGCUAUCGUUUAUCAUCGCGCUCGGCAAUCGACCAAAGGGCGAGGCGGGUACUUAUGUGCUCAUGUUCUGGAUCUUUGCGCUUCUGGGGUACUACCUGCUCGUCUGCGCCGUCUGGCUCACGAUCAAAGCUUUCACUGGCAUUCAAUGGAAUGGUGCGAGUACGAUCGGGGAGAAGGUUGGCGAGCUGCUCACUGGCAGCAAUAACGUCCUCGUGGCCGCGCUCGUGUCGACUUACGGCGUCUAUCUCUUCUCGUCACUUCUCUACGGCGAUCCCUGGCAUAUGCUUCACAGCUUUCCUCAGUAUCUCGCCCUUGCGCCCAGUUUCGUCAACAUUCUCAACGUUUAUGCAUUCUGCAACUUGCACGAUGUGUCAUGGGGUACGAAGGGCUCCGAUAAGGCAGACGCCCUACCUUCGGUAUCGUCAAAGAAGGAGAAAGGGAGCGAUGGCGUGGUCGAAGAUAUUCAGAAGCUGCCUGAAGAUAUUGAACUCGCCUUCAAGGAGACUGUCUCUCGUACUCUGGCGCCCUAUAAGCCUGUCGAAGAGCCCAAGGGACUCAGCAUUGACGAUUCCAACCGCACUUUCCGUACUCGUUUCGUCAGCGUCUGGCUGCUCGCUAAUGGCGGUCUCGUCUUUGCUGUGAUGAAUGUCGCGGGCGUCGAUACGCACACGAUUGACUCGCAAAAGAAUAUGCACUCGCGGCAGGGAUUCUACUUCAACAUCAUUCUAUGGGCGACAUUCGGCUUUGCGUUCAUCAAGUUCAUGGGUUGCCUAGCGUACUUUCUAAGUCACAACUUGGGCAAGUGCUGCCGACGCAAUUAACCGCCCAAAGCAAAUCUGCGAAUGUAUGUAAU